UAUAUUGCUGAGAGACUUGUUUAUUCUCGUCAAUCACAUUUCAUUGCAAUGUUGACCCUGUGCUAACUUGCAUAUGACAAAUAAACAAAACUGAAACUGAAACUGAUUUUCUAUAAAGAGUAAAAAUAUACACAUUUUGUGGACCUGCGGCUUCUAAUUGGUUCUUUCCAUGUCGCUCAAAAACUUAAGCUUUUUUAUUGGUUCUCGUCAAUCUUGGGGGGUUUCUUGCACCUUAUAUAUUCCUGUAGCCCGUGUCAUCCAUUGCGAGGUCGCUGAAUUCCGUCCUGGAUGGUCUUUAUUCGUACGUGAAGUAAGCGCCCGUCAGGUGUAUCAAUACACAUCAACAUGACUAACCCAAAAGUCUUUUUUGACAUCACUGUGGACGGCAGAAAUAUCGGCAGGUUUGUCUUGCUGCUGAGAGCUGAUGUUGUCCCAAAGACAGCCGAGAAUUUCAGGGCUUUGUGCACGGGAGAGAAGGGGUUUGGAUACAAGGGAUCCACCUUCCACCAUGUCAUUCCUAACUACAUGUGUCAGGGCGGUGACUUCACAAACCAUAAUGGAACUGGGGGCAAGUAAAGCUAUGGCCACAAGUUUGAUGACGAGAACUUCCAGUUGAAGCACGAAGGCCCUGGCAUACUCUCCAUGGCUAAUGCGGGCCAGAACACGAAUGGCUCUCGGUUCUUCAUCUGCACUGAAAAAACUGAGUGGUUGGACGGCAAGCAUGUGGUGUUUGGGAAUGUUGUGGAAGGAUUCCAUAUCGUGAGGAAAAUGAAGUCCUACGGCAGGUCCAGUGGAAAAUGCACUGCCAAGAUCGUGAUUGCAGAUUGUGGGCAGCUCUGAACCAUCGCUCUGCAUCUUUGUCCAGAGUACACUCCCAAACAAUAUCACUCCCUAAACCUCAUAACCCCUGCUUUGAUCUGUUUCUUGUCUGAUCAUGCUGUAUUUGCUUUCCGUUUGCGUAUUUUUUGUCUUAUUGGAUGACGUUUAAAUAUUUUGAAAUAAAGUGGGAAUUACUUCCUUAAA